UGACAAUGAAUCUUUCUAAAUCAGUCGACUGAGGGUAUUCAGACACUCAACAUGGUGUUUUGGGCGUUAGUCGCGCUUUUCGUCUUUGUAAUUUAUUACGCGAACCAAUAUUAUUUCAGUUAUUGGAAACGACUUGGUGUGCCACAACAAGAUGCACCAACUUUUUUACUUGGAGAUCUGGCCGGUAUAUUUUCGGGAAAGCGAAAAUGCUUCGGUGAAACGUUCUUCGAAUUUUACAAUCGAUUCAAGCACAACAAAAUCUACGGACUGUACUUCUCUUAUCGACCAUCGCUGAUCGUAAACGAUCCGGAAGUGAUCCAAGAGGUGAUGAUAAAGGACUUUACGAGUUUUCACGAUCGUGGACUGUUUGUCGACGAGAAAGUUGAUCCACUCUCUGCGCACCUGUUUUUCUUAGGUGGUCAGAAAUGGAGAGACUUAAGGGUGAAAUUGUCGCCUAUGUUUACAUCAGGCAAGUUAAAAGCUAUGUAUCCAAUCAUUCAGGAUUGUGCAAAGCAACUGCACGAUUAUUUGCUGAAAAAUACGCAGGAAAAGAAAAGUUUUGAUUUUGAUGCAAAAGACCUGUUUGCACGAUUUACGAUCAAUGUAAUUUCGUCAGUAGCUUUUGGAAUUGAAAAUGAUUGCAUCAACGACCCAGAAAAUAUUUUCCAUAAGAUGGGAGUGAGGAUUUUCGAAAGACGUCCUAGAGAUAAAAUAGUGCGGUUGCUCGGGUUUUUCGUGCCGAAAAUUGUCGAUAAAUUGAAGGUGAAAAAGUAUCAUCCAGAGAUUGAGGAUUUCUUUCACUCGAUUGUAAAACAAAAUAUCGACCUUCGUGAACAGGGAGGAAGUUUAGCAGAACGUAAGGACUUCAUGCAGUUGUUGGUACAACUGAAAAAUCAAGGCUAUGUGACGGUGGACAAAAGCGAAGAGCAUGAAGUGGACAAUGCAACAUCAACUGAAAGAAGGAAGUUAACAUUUCAGGAAGUUGCGUCCCAAGUUUUUGUAUUUUUUAUUGGCGGCUUUGAAACGUCGAGCUCAACGAUGAAUUACUGUAUGUACGAACUUAGCAAAAAUCCACACGUUCAGAAGAAGCUGCAUGAAGAGUUGGAUAAUCACUUGAAAUCGAUCGACGACCUCACCUAUGACACCCUAAGCUCGAUGAAGUACCUCGACUGGUGUGUUGACGAAACUCUACGAAAAUACCCAAUUGUACCCAUGCUGAAUCGAGAAAGUAGUAGAGAUCACCAUUUCGCCGGAACGAACAUGAAAAUCGAAAAAGGAACUCCGAUAAUCAUUCCAGUUUUGGGUAUUCACCGCGAUCCGAAGAUAUACGACAACCCGAUGGAAUUUCGGCCAGAACGGUUCGCGAACUCAUCGGCGGGCAGUCCGAAUGUAAACGGAUUGUGCUACAUGGGGUUUGGUGAUGGUCCGAGAAGUUGUAUUGCCGCACGACUGGGAAAGUUACAGACGAAAAUCGGUCUUGCAGCCAUUUUGUUGAAAUUGAAAUUUGAACUAGCUGAUCAGAGUAUGAUGGACAAAGAGCUGGAAUUCGAUCCACAUCAAUUUGCUCUGACACCAAAGGAUACAGUAAUGCUAAGAGCUACUGUUAGAUAGAGGUGAUGUACUCUUUUGCAUGAAUAAAAUUUAAUUAAUUUUUA